AUGAGCCUUUUCAUAGGAGUGCUCAUCUCUCUGUGCUUUCUGCAAGUGGCAGUUGCACUUCCUCAUGCUAACCUUCCAUAUGAAAAUGUGGAGGUUAGAGCCGGCUCCAAAUUGGUCAUUCCAUGUGACCUCACCACCGACGGAGUGACUGGCAAUGAGAAGAUCGAUUUUGAAUGGGGAUUCACACCAGAUGGAUCCGACAGAUACAGGACCAUCAUGCGGCGGAGUGACGUCAAGCUGCAUCCUGAGGUGCCCCCCGAACUAGGAGUGCACCUAUAUCCCACCCAUCCCAUCCAAGAGGACUGCUCUCUGGUCAUCAAUCCCAUCCUCAUGGAGGACAGUGGGACAUAUGAGAUCAAGGUCAUUGUGAAUAGUGCACAGAGAGGACCGAUUCGAAAAACCAAAGUUCACGUGACAGAUUCUCCACUCAUGACCGCUGGCAAAAAAUUCAGUGCAAGGCGUACGGCCAUGGUUCAGUUUCUAGAACCAAUAACGACUGCAGAAGAAGAACAAACAGCGGGUAUGGAGGAAGGACAAGCAAGGCCUGUGGUAGAAGGACAGACCACGGGCAAGAAAUUAAACGCAAAGCGUAAGCCCAUGGUUCACGGUCCAGUCACUGCCACCAUCCAGACAGCCAUCGCGGCUGAAGAACAAACAGCAAAGGUUGACAAAGAACCAAAAAACCAUGGACAGAACACUGGCAAGAAAUUAGACGCAAGGCGUAAGCCAGUGGCUGACCGUCCAAUGACUACCACCAUCCAGAAAACGCCUGUGGCCAAAGAACAAACAGCAACGGUUGACAAAGAACCAAGGAACCAUGGACAGACCACUGGCAAGAAAUUAGACGCAAGGCGUAAUCCAGUGGCUGACCGUCCAAUGACUACCACUAUCCAUAAAACGCCUGUGGCCAAAGAACAAACAGCAAAGGUUGACAAAGAACCAAAAAACCAUGGACAGACCACUGGCAAGAAAUUAGACGCAAAGCGUAAGCCAGUGGCUGACCGUCCAAUGACUACCACCAUCCAGAAAACGCCUGUGGCCAAAGAACAAACAGCAACGGUUGACAAAGAACCAAAAAACCAUGGACAGACCACUGGCAAGAAAUUAGACGCAAGGCGUAAGCCAGUGGCUGACCGUCCAAUGACUACCACCAUCCAGAAAACGCCUGUGGCCAAAGAACAAACAGCAACGGUUGACAAAGAACCAAAAAACCAUGGACAGACCACUGGCAAGAAAUUAGACGCAAGGCGUAAGCCAGUGGCUGACCGUCCAAUGACUACCACUAUCCAGAAAACGCCUGUGGCCGAAGAACAAACAGCAAAGGUUGACAAAGAACCAAAAAACCAUGGACAGACCACUGGCAAGAAAUUAGACGCAAGGCGUAAGCCAGUGGCUGACCGUCCAAUGACUACCACCAUCCAGAAAACGCCUGUGGCCAAAGAACAAACAGCAAAGGUUGACAAAGAACCAAAAAACCAUGGACAGACCACUGGCAAGAAAUUAGACGCAAGGCGUAUGCCAGUGGCUCACCAUCCAAUGACUACCACCAUCCAGAAAACGCCUGUGGCCAAAGAACAAACAGCAACUGUUGAUAAAGAACCAAUCAGAUCAAGGGAGAAUAACAUAUUACAGUAUGUCAUCUUAUGGUGGUACAUUGUCCAGUUUCCGAGAAAAUAUGUCACCAAUGUUGCUAUAGUCAUCUCCGCCGUAUUAUUCUUAAUCAUCGGCAUAUACUGCUUGGGAAGAGCAGUGCACAUAUAUCGAAAGAACAAAUUCGAAACACGGAUGGGGUCAAAAAUCAAAGAAGAAAGAUUGGUGCAGGAUGAACCUCGGCAGGAUGGAGAAACGGGACCAUUAGAAUAUAGAGGCACUGUAUAUGAAUUUAAGGUUGUGGUGGUGGAAUGAGUAAUGGGCAGGCCCUAUAACCUCACCCCUAACCACCAUUCCUCGUGAAUUUUCUAUCUUCAAUCUGCAACUCCAAUUAACUGCUGGAGCUGGUUUCUAUACCGCAGCUAUCAGGGCUGGCUAAUCUUCAGAAUAGCCUACAGCCUUCAGCCGGCCAUACAUGAUCAAAUUAA